AUUUGAUUCUUGCUUAAACAGUGUAGGGCACCACGGUGAUGGUUGGUGAUCAUUGUACGGAAUACUGUGAGCUCACGUUAUUGGUUCGGGUUGUUCCUCGAUGUGCGCAUGCACCAGCAGUGAGGCGAGCAGUGCUUACCUGGUUCCUCACUACAGCCUGUAUUAACGCCAUUAACCUUAAACUAACCAGUAUAUGUGAUCGGUGUAUAUAUGUAGAUGUGUGCACGUCGGAUGGGUGAUUAGAAUCGAUAUUUUGAGGCUGAGAGGAUGAGCGCUGGUUAUGGCGGGGCCGACUGAAUCCAGGCCUGAAUGAUGUGCUUUAACACAGGAUGUGUUCCUUCCACCAGGGAUUACAGAGGUGUGAAUUGAUGCUCUGACAUCCAGGAAUUGCAAUAUUUGCCUCAUCCAGAUUUUGUCAGGAGCACAGAAGAUCCAACGUGAUGGAGGAGGUAGAAACUGAACUGACUUUGUCUGAAGCAGAUGUUCUUGGUGCGGACUUCAUCACGGUGGAACUAGAUACCCAGCCCAUUGAGUAUGUGGUCAAGUGGGCUGAAGUCGGCUCCAAGUUCACUCUAUCCUGUGUAAAAAAGGAAUCGGAUGAGAACAUUUGCUUGGUCACUGACCAGCUGAUUAGAACAGAGUCAGAUGAAAGGUUCUUUGCUCCAUACGAGGCUGUAUACACGGAAUGUGACGAUACAGAGCCAAGCCUGAUUGCCUCACAGGAGGAGGAGGUCGGGAGUGAGUCGGAUAUAGAACAGCACAUAGAGCUCGAGAGCAGCCAGUUGGUCGAGGAGGAGGAGGAGGUUGAGGAUGUAGGCUCAGAUGUUGAUUGGGAAAUAGGGGGCUCCCAUUCAAAAAGGGUGUACAACUGCCACCUAUGUGGUAAGAGCUACAGCCACUCGUCCAGUCUGGCACGCCAUUUGCACAUGCACUCUGCAGGCGAGAGACUGGCCUCUACCUCUUCUUUUUCUUCGAAGGCAAUCAGCAAGUCGGAAGACUGCAAAAAACCCCUGCAGUGCAACCUGUGCGGCGUACGGUGCAACGGCAAGCGGCUUCUGGCGAUCCACAAGAAGUGCCACAAAGUCAAGAGACUGCACACAUGCAAUGCAUGCGGCAAGUCGUUCAACCACAGCUCCAGCUUGUCGCGGCAUCGGCUUAUCCACAAAAGAGGCCUGGACAAAAGUCUAAAGCCCCAGUACCCGCUGCCCAAGCCGUUGCCCAUCAUCACACAACAGACCCGUCCUACCGGUCGCGGCUUGAAGAAGAAAAAGAAGAAGAGGUCGCAGCAAAUGGAUAACAAGCUUGUGCCAGGUGAGAAGCAGUACCAGUGCACACAGUGUGAUAUGGUGUUCAGCACAUCCACCGGCCUGUCCAAGCACCAGGUGUCGCACGUGCGCCAGCUGCUAAACUCUUACGCCCAGGGCAGAGAUGCUUUGGAUAAAUCCUCUGACCUCAAGAUCCGCCUAAAGCUCUGCUCACGUGACAAGCCCAACUACUACACUCUGUGUAAGAAGAACAAGCGUGGCAAACGGGGCAAGAAGAGGCUUAAACUGGCCAUGGACGAGCAGUCGUAUCCAGGCUUCAACACCAGCCUCGCCAACCAUGAGCAGGAGCAGAUGCACGAGCAAAUGCUCGAUGGUGACCGGUGCUACACCUGCAACGUGUGCAGAAAGUCAUUCGUACGCUUGUCCAACCUCAAGCAGCAUCAGCAGACGCACGCCUCAGGCAAGCUCUACGAGUGCCAGCACUGCGGCAAGACCUUCGUUCACUCGUCCAGCUUCUCGCGCCACAAGAAAGUCCACAUGGGAAUAAAGCAGACGAGCAAACAAAAUAAACACAACCAGUUGAUCGAUGAGAGCGCACCUCUGGAGUUCGAGUACGAAUGAGAGGCUCCUGCAUUCCAGAACUGUCCUAGCACAGCUGAUGUAGAAGUGCGUUCACUUGUUUUUGUUUUGUUUUUCCUUCCUUUCCUUUAUUUUCAUCCCAUUAUUUGUCUUAUUUUGGUAAAGAACAUACAUUUGGCAUUGCUUAUUUAGUGAAGUGGGUAUGUUUUCACUGGCAGUGCUGUCAGCUAUAAGGCUCAAUUUUUCAAUUAAAUUUUUUUGAGAGGAGUGUUGCUAGAGGAUGUAUUUCUGGCUGUGUAAAGUGUAAAAAGAAUUGUACAUUUUUUGACAUUCCCUUUUUGGUCACAUUUAAUUUAAUGCCAGGGUAAUAAUUUCUUCAUUUUGUAGUGUUAUUUAUGUCUAUCCUUUAUUUGUAGUCAUCCAUAACAAAUUGACUAUGCAGGUAUUUUGUCUGCUUGCACUAAAUACACCUGAAAUCAAUAUGGAGUACUUAAUAUUGAAAAUUUGGGGGGAAAGGGGUGUCCCCAAUAAAAAAAAAAAAAAAAAAAGAUAUUGAACUCGGUAUUUAUCUUAGCUGUAAAUUUGUGUCCCCAGAAGAUUUUGAUGUUUAGUUUGAUGUCGAGCAUUUCCUACACCAAGAGAAAAUCCUGCAUUGAACUUUUUGAUGUAGCUCCUCCCACCCCUUUUACCUUCCACUUAGUCCAACAAGUAUAACCACCAUCUCUUCUCUCACAUGCUCAGGAUACUGAAUUUUAUUAAAAAGUAGAUACACACAGUAACUUGUUUCUUGGUUCAAGUUUUAAAGUUGGUUGAUGUUUUUUUUCUUUGGUUUUGGUCUUCUCAUGUUUGACAAAUCUGGUUCAGAAUCAGUUAUGCCUAGUGCACACUAUGUGAUUUGAGCAAGAUUUUCCAGUAGCUGAUGAUAUAAGUGCUGCAGCCCUCUCUUGUUUACCCACUUAACCUCUGCGUGUGCCCAUUUUGAUUGCUCAUAAAGUGUAAGCGACUUAGCAAAACAGCCAGGACCUUAAUGAGUAGAUGCAGGUGUAACGGUAAGCAACACAGUUACUGUGCAAGAGCUGAUAUUAGUGUGUCUUGACAUAAUGCCCAAAUGCCCAUUUGCUGAAUUAAGCUAAAGCGGAAACACUUAGUAGGUAGUGUUGCUACUACCUGAGCUGCUGUAUCACAAACAUCAUAUGUCUUACUGUAAUAUGUUAAAUUAACCAUACUAUAAUAUUAUUAUUACAUUUUAACAGUUAAAGUUUGAGAUGCAGCCCCUCAGUUUAGGACCUUCCAGCUACUCGGUAUGUACUUCAGCAUAAUACAGUUGGUUUUGAAUAUUAAAGUAAAAGGUUUUAUACUAAAAUGAGUUCUUUGUAGGCUGUACGUUCUUGCCUUCAUAGUGCACAACUUAAUGUAAACCAGCCCCCCUCUGAGUCUGUUGAGAUGAUCAGAUCUCUCCUAUAUCCCUGUGUUUUAUUAAUAUUUUCAAAACAAUUUCAAUAUUUAGAUACAAAUUUCUUGUUCAAUUUUUGAAAGACGUAAAAUUUUGAGAUUCAAAGUGUGUUUUCAAAGGUUUCAUGUAGUGUGCACAAGGCUUUUUCUUUCGUUCUGCAGUGCUAUGUUUUCCAGUACAGUUUUUCAUUAUUUGUUAAUUAAAGAGCAAAAAGUUUUAAA